GUCUCCAUGGCGACGGGGCUGUUCCCGGGGAGGCUGUGAUGGGUUGACAGGUGCGUGACAGUCGGAGCUCUCUGCAGGCAUGUACGGCAAAGGCAAGAGCAACAGCAGCGUCCCGUCCGACAGCCAGGCCAGGGAGAAGUUAGCACUGUAUGUAUAUGAAUAUCUGCUCCAUGUAGGAGCGCAGAAAUCCGCUCAGACGUUCUUAUCAGAGAUAAGAUGGGAAAAGAACAUCACAUUGGGCGAACCCCCAGGAUUCUUACAUUCUUGGUGGUGUGUUUUUUGGGAUCUCUACUGUGCAGCUCCGGAAAGACGUGAAACGUGUGAACACUCAAGUGAAGCUAAAGCCUUUCAUGACUACAGCGCUGCAGCAGCUCCCAGUCCAGUGCUAGGAAACAUUCCCCCAGGAGAUGGCAUGCCAGUAGGUCCUGUACCACCGGGUUUUUUUCAGGGGCCUGCAGGUUCACAGCCUUCACCCCAUGCACAGCCCCCCACUCAAAACCCCAGCAAUCCCACGAUGGGACCUCAUGGUCAGCCAUUCAUGUCUCCCCGGUACCCAGGAGGCCCCAGGCCACCUUUAAGGAUACCCAAUCAGGCACUUGCAGGUGUCCCAGGAAGUCAGCCAUUAUUGCCUAGUGGAAUGGAUCCAACACGGCAACAAGGACAUCCAAAUAUGGGCGGGCCAAUGCAAAGAAUGACUCCUCCUAGAGGAAUGGUUCCACUAGGACCUCAGUCUGACCCUUGGUUAUCAUUGCAGAACUAUGGAGGUGCAAUGAGGCCCCCACUGAAUGCUUUAGGUGGCCCCGGAAUGCCUGGAAUGAACAUGGGUCCAGGAGGUGGUAGACCUUGGCCAAACCCCACAAAUGCUAAUUCUAUACCAUACUCUUCUGCAUCACCAGGGAAUUAUGUAGGCCCACCAGGAGGUGGAGGACCACCAGGAACGCCCAUCAUGCCUAGUCCAGCAGAUUCAACCAACUCGGGAGACAACAUGUACACGCUAAUGAACGCAGUACCACCUGGACCGAACAGACCUAAUUUUCCAAUGGGACCAGGGUCCGAUGGGCCAAUGGGUGGACUGGGUGGAAUGGAUUCACAUCAUAUGAAUGGGUCACUAGGCUCUGGAGACAUGGACAGUAUCUCCAAAAACUCACCCAGUAAUAUGAGCAUGAGCAAUCAGCCCGGGACCCCUCGUGAUGAUGGUGAAAUGGGUGGAAACUUCCUAAAUCCUUUUCAGAGUGAAAGCUAUUCCCCCAGCAUGACAAUGAGUGUGUGAUCCAUUACCAAGUCUCUUCGUGAAGGCUGCACUGAGUUGGCCCUCUCCAGAGAGCUACUAAAGAAGAAAAAUUACUCAUCCCUGUGUACAGUUUGGCAGAAACUAUCUCAGCCACAAUUGGACCCACCAUUCUUUUCCUAACCAUCUUUCCAGUUUUGUGAAGACCGUGGGGUCCUGAUCUGGUUUCAGCAACUAUAAUAAGUGGCAUAUCAGAGCUGCCCAAGACCAAACUGCAAACAGUUAUCUGUGUAUGUAUAUGUAGGGAUAGAUGUAUGUAUGUGUGUGUGUUAAAGAGACAUAGAUAUGCGCACAUACAUAUAUAGGCCUGCAGGACAUUGUAAAAUAUUAUCACAUGACAUCUUAAGUAGAAGUAAGAGAUAGGGACUUUUAUUCCAUCUUUUUUCACGUUUACAUUUUAACUAUUAAAAAGAACUGUUUCCCUCUCCCCAUCUGAACUGUUUUGUGCUGUGUAUAUCACUGCUUUUGUAAGUUAUUUUUUUUAAAGAUCUCAGAUAAGUUCUGUUUUUUGUCAAUGUCUGCCAUCAUGGAUAGGAAUAAAACUGCUUAUAAGAGGGCUCUCAUAAAGUUGUGUUUGAUACCGGUAGCCAUGCACAUUGCAAACCACACUGUCUCAAGAAAAAGAAAAAAAUGCAUUAGUUUUAUUGAGCAAGUAAAACUUGUCCCUUUGCCUUU